AUGAGAGAUCAGGAAUACUUACAGAGAUUUUUUCCAACAGAGAUAUGGCUUCAUAUCAUCCAGCAAUGCACGGUGUCGCUUUCUCUCGCCGAAAUGCUGAAAUUAUGCCGCGUCAGCAAAGCCUUCAAACUCGUGACAAUGGAGGCCAUCCUCGAGUCCAACAUGCUGGAUGAUGUGGGAUACUGGGAUCCUGUGCGGAAACAAACCAUUUUCUACCACACGGUAGAUUAUGAUCACCGUUCAUCGUAUCCACCUCUUCUAGAGAAUGUAUCCGACGACGAUGACACCAACUCUGAGCCCGAGACCCCAGAUCUGGACAGACCGUUGCCUCCACCGCCUCCAGAAGUCAAUCAAGAGCCAUCCGAGGAUGAUACUCUCUCUGAGAAAGAGCUAUUCCCUUCCAACGCAUCAGUAGUCCCUAGCGACGAUUUCUGGGUCGUGUACUUAACAACCAGGACAUUGGGCAGAAUCAGGUCGAAACCGCCAACUCGAGACCAUGUUCUGCUGUUAAAAGUUGCAGAAUAUAUCUACCAAUACAUGCAACGAACAUCUUCGCAGAUAGAGUUAGAAGAUAUGGUGCGGGUGGUUUGUGAAGUAGCGGUCAAGCACGGAUACAUCUACUCUCAUCCCGAUUUCUACAUCAAGAAUGAAUCACCGGAAUUCGAUGCGACAGCGCUUCAUCUGGAUGAGUCUUGUGGAGUUUUUCGAGACGCUCUAGCGGCAAUGGCUGUCUAUUUGAACCAUAUUUCUCUUCUCGAAGAUACCCUCUCCAAUGAGGAUUUGAUCCUUUGUCCCUUCCACCAAAAGCCACUAUCGACGACAGAUAGCCAACUUAUAGCAUUGCUAUCGUUCCAGACACCUAUUCCUCAGGCUGGCCGCCUAAUAGACGAUGAAGGUGGCUUCAGGCCGCCGAAAUGUGGAAAGUCUCUUAUUAGACUUGCAAACCCAGUUAAACUUGCUGUCAAGUUGGACAAGAUGGAAUGCAUCACCCUCUUAUUGAAGAGUGUUUCUAACGGACAACGCGAACUUGAUCUGUAUAGGAAGGACAUAGUCACUGAAGUCGCUCUCCCGGAGCAGAUUGACCUUUUGCGCGUUGCAAUUGAGUCGGGUCGGCCUCUCACGAGAUACCGAUUUCUCGCACCGUCAAUUGCGGAUACUAUCUGGAUGAACGGACGAACUGACCUUUUUACAAGAUCGCUUGCUGGUAUCAAUUUGAGCAAAUUGCUAGAGACAACAACCAAUCCUGAGGUUUUCAAUCUGGCGUACGAUGCUAUAUUGGAUGGUUAUAGUGAGGAUGAAGGCGUUUGGUGGACCAAGGGUUUCUCCUCCGGGGCAGACACUCUCGCAUCUUGGGGCUUGAGAAGGCUUCAACGCGCUGUAUUGGACGACUGUCUGCCCAUCGUUCGAAGACUCAUAGAACUGGGUUAUGCAUUAGGUCCGACACGAAGCAUUGAGGAUUUGAAGGAUGAGGAGCCCACUGUUGUUGCCGACAUAAUUAAUGGCGAAAGGACGGUAGAUAUAGCUCUGCCUAUCGCGGUCAAAAGAGGGAAUCUUGAGAUGGUGGAACUUUUAUUCAUGGCUGGCGCGAAUAGGAAGCGCAAAAAUGUUCGGAAAGCGAUGAGAAUUGCUGUGGAACAGGGUAACCUUGAGAUGCUUGAGGUUUUGGCAAGUCAAGGAUCUCCGGCGGGACUAUUGAACCGAAAGGCAAAACAGCGUUGGAAGCGAGAGAUGGAAGAGGCAGGCAGGCAGAAUAUGCUGAAAUGGCUAGAAAUGAUGUGA